AUGUCUACUAAAUUACCAGAAACCAAGUUCCAAUACGUCAGAAUCAUUCCUUCCCAAGAAGGAACUGAAGCCUGUACCUUCCCAGUUGAGACCAGUUUCUCUGAGUUCAAGGGACCAAUUGUUAUCACAGGUGCCCCAGCAGCCUUUUCUCCAACAUGUUCUAUCUCGCACAUUCCAGGUUACGUUGAGAAGUUGGACGAAUUAGUGAAGGCUGGUGCCUCCCAAGUUUUCGUUGUCACUGCCGACAAUCCAUUUGCCAACAACGCAUGGGCCAAGAAGUUGGGUGUCAAGGACACUGAUAAGAUCAAGUUCAUUACCGAUUCUGGUGCCAAGUUCUCCCAAUCUUUGGGCUACGCAUUGCCAAUUGGUGAUGGUGUUUACUGGGCCAGCAGAUACUUGGUGAUAGCCAAGGACGGUGAGAUCAUCUACAAGGCUGUUGAAGAGAAGCCAGCUUCCGAAGUCACUGUUUCUUCUGUCGACAACGCUUUGGACCAAUUGCGCAAGUUAUAG